AUGAAUCAUGCAGUGACAUGCUAUGGCAAAUCUUCUAUUACUUUAGAAUAUGGUGGUUCCGAGGUAGCAAAGAACUAUGAAGGAAAGAAAUCUACAAAAUGGCUCUCUGAAGCUGAUUUAAAAUUGCCUAAGGUUCUCAAAGACAUGCUUUUGCUAUUAAACAGUCAUGUUUCUGAUAUGAAUGAAAGAAGGAAACUCGUAACUGUUGGCUACAUCCAUGGGGGUCUUCAACUUAUGUUUAUGACUUUAGAUAAUCCUGCUGGAUAUGUUUUCUGUCUUGUAAAAAGUUCAUUAUACAGUAUUCCUGUUUCUUUCCAAAAUUUUACAGAAGCACUGGAGUUGAUUGCUGCUGUAUGGACAAUGAAGGUGAAUACUUUUAUUACAUUUAUUAUAGCUAAUGGUUUUUCAAUCUUUGAAACUUACAGAUUGCCCUUUUAG